GUCCCAAUUAGAGUGAUAUGUCGCUGAGCGGGGAGUCGCAGAGAGGUUGGAGUUGCAUCCACAAGUGCAGGGAUGUGCCCAAGGGCCACUGGCAGCAUUUGGGUGACCAGGUAGGAUAGGAGCACAUCACACACCCUGUAUGCAAUGCACAGCCAGCCGGUGUGGCCGUGGGCUGUCCCGUGGCACAGCUGGUGGGGGCAAGGCAAGCAAGGGAAAAACCACCCUGGCUGAGACAGGCAGCAAGAAAUAGAGCGUGGGCCCUUCGCUUGGGCUCGGCAGCGACGUGUGCUUGUCCUGCCUUGUUACGUGUUUGCUGUAAUAAUAUUUCCCCUUUAAGGCUGGGCUGAAGUUAUUUAUACUUGUGGGGUGGUGACAGGAACACAGAGCUGAGCAGGAGCCCUGAACUGCUACCUGAUCUGCAGCAGAGGGGUGGCUGGAGAAGGAAGGAAGCUCAGAAACAGAGAGUGUGCAAGAGAAGAGAAUCCAAAGGAGGGGAAGAGAAAGCAGGCAGGGCAUCCCUGGGGAGGGACGAGGGAGGGGACCAGACGGGAAAACAGAAAAAGGGGGAACAAGGGAAGGAAGAAGGAGAGGAGUAAGGAGGGAGAGGUCCUCAGGGAAAAGCAAGGGGCAGAGUGGCUCUGGGGAGCCAAGGGGCUCACGGCGUCCGAUGCCAAGUGUCGCCAAGAGGUGCUGAGCAGGUACAGCCAAGCGGAGCAGCUCUUGUGGUCUUCUCCCCGCUUUCAAGAUGAUGAAGAGGCAGUUUAAUCGGAUGCGUCAGCAGCUGUCCCAUCCCAGUAUCAACAGUCGGGUCCAAGAAGCAACCGAGCUCCUGCCAGAAGAUUUGCUGCAGAUUGAGCAGAGGGUCGAGCCAGCCAAGCGAGCAGCUCACAGCGUGUCCAAGAGGCUUCAGGCCUGCCUGCAGGGGCAAAGUGGCUCUGAGAUGGACAAGCGAGUGAAGAAGCUGCCCUUGAUGGCUCUGUCCAUGACAAUGGCCGAGAGCUUCAAGGAACUGGACACAGAGUCAAGCCUUGGGAAAGCCCUGGAGAUGGGCUGCUGCAUACAGAGCUCACUGGCCAAAAUCCUGGCUGAGUUUGAGAUCGCCCUGGAGCAUGACGUCCUGCAGCCACUCAACAAGCUCAGCGAGGAGGAGCUUCCCAUCAUCCUGAAGCGCAAGAAGACCCUCCAGAAGUUGAUCUCAGACUGGAACACCAUCAAGAGCCGGCUGAACCAAGCUGCCAAGAGCUCCAGUAACAGCACAGGUGCUGGUGCUGGCCCUGGGACAUCUGCUGCUGCCAACAAACUGGAGAUCUUGAAGGAAGAGGAGGAGGAGGUGAAGAGGAAGGUGGAGCAGUGCAAGGAUGAGUACAUGGCUGACCUCUACCACUUCUCCACCAAAGAGGACAGCUAUGCCAGAUACUUCAUCAGGCUGUUGGAAAUCCAAGCCCAGUACCACCGGCAGUCCCUGGGGUCACUGGACUCGGCUCUGUCGGAGCUGAAGGAAAGCCACAGCCAGACAGAGCCCUCCUUCACUACAGACAUCCCGGUGGCAGGGUACUAUGGCGUGUCCCUAGAGACACACCUCAAGAGCCUGGGCCGGGAGAUCGCGCUGCCCAUCGAAGCCUGUGUCAUGAUGCUGCUGGCCUCUGGCAUGAGGGAGGAGGGACUCUUCCGGCUGGCAGCGGGUGCCUCUGUGCUGAGGAAGAUGAAGAGCAGUUUGGCCAGUGGCUCCAAUGCCCUGGAGGAGUUUUACUCAGACCCACAUGCUGUGGCUGGCGUGCUGAAAUCCUACCUGCGGGAGCUGCCCGAGCCUUUGAUGACCUUUGAGCUCUACAACGAAUGGGUCAAAGUGGCCAGCUUAAAGGACGUUGAUGACCGUGUACAGAGCCUGCAAGAGACCUGCAGCCGCCUGCCCCGGGACAGCUACAACAAUCUGAGGUAUCUGAUAAAGUUUUUAGCCAAGCUGGCCAAACAGCAAGAGGUGAACAAAAUGACGCCCAGUAACAUCGCCAUCGUGCUGGGCCCCAACCUGCUGUGGUCACAGCAGAGCACAGGAGACCCCAUGCAACUGGACUUGGCCUCAGUCUCCUCCAUCCAGGUGGUGGGUGUGGUGGAAGCCCUCAUCCAGAAUGCGGACACCAUCUUCCCUGGAGAGGUAGAUUUCAAUGUCUCGGGAAUGUUCACGCCGCCUGCAAACAUCAGAUGUGAUGAGGCUGCCCAGGUGGAAGAGCCAUCCCCUGUGCCCCCUCCAGCCAGCACCCCCGCUCUCCCGGAUGGAGAGGUCACCUCGAGGGACCCUGAGACCAGGUCCCAGCCGGCAACGCCAGCAGUGACCAGACCAUCUUCUGAAGUCACAGGGCCACCAGCUCCACAGAUGACUGAUGACACUUCUCACAAAGGCAAGCGCCCAGCUCCGGCCCGACCCAUGAUGCCACCACCGCCUGUGGCCCAGCCCCGGAGCAUGGCUCCCGCCCCGGUGGCACCCGAGCACACAGCCAGCCCCAAAGCCCGGCCGCGACGGGUGGCCGGGGCACCCAACCGAGCCCCCUCCGUCCCGCCACCGCUCCCCCCGCAGCCAGCACGCCGCCACAGCCGGAACACACCACUGUCCCCAAGGCCUCCUGCCAGUGAGGCCGACGCAGUGGCUGCCACAGACUGUGACCCCGAAGCCACAGAUGAGGGGCAGCCAUUGCCUGAGGGAGGAACGAGCCCCCUGGGCACAUCACCACCAGCAGGAGAGCCUGUGGAGAACUGAGCAGGACAGGGACAUGGGAGUACUGCAGGGCUGGGGAGGUGACUGGUGUCCCUCUGGAAACCAGCAGGCACUGUGGAAGAGCCAGGGUGGCCUGAGGGACAGCAUGGCACUCCAGCUCCUCCACCUUCCUCCCUUGGCUCGCACCAGCCAGGACCCUCCACCCGCCUCCCCUCGCUCUCCUGUCUCCACAGAAACUUCACCCCUGCACCACCACAUCCCUGCCGGGAGCCGUGCUGGGCUUCAGUCCCUGCCACCCCUCAGAGACACAGUUCCCAGCCCAGGAUCCCCUGACCCCAGGUGAGCCCCCCGCCUUGGUCAUCCUCCUGUUCCCAGGGGCACAGGAGGGGACAAGGCAGGGAGGUUCCCAGGCACUACCUACAGCUUUUGGGCCAGCGUGGGCAGAUUUGCUCCAUAGAAUCAUAGGACGGUUUGGGUUGGAAGGGACCUUCAAAGGUCAUCUACUCCAACCCCCUGCAAUGAGCAUCUUCACCAUGGGGCCAUUUGUGGGCACACAGCUGUGAUCCCAGCCCUUCCUGCCCCAUUUUGCCUUAAAAUGUGUUGCCUCAGGAACACACAGGCACAGAUAUAUAUAUAUAUAAAUAUAUACAUAUAUAUUUUGCAACUAAACUGUUUGAAGAGCUGGUGUCACUGUCAUAGGAAUGUGUGUGUAGGGAGCACCUGGCAGCCCAAGGUGCUGGAGGCCGCCCGUCAUGCAGGUGGCGGGAAGGGCAAUUUUUCGGGAAGGCCAAUGCAGAGAGGCACGGCUCGGUGGGAGGACAGGAGGACGACUGGCUCCCCCGGCGGGACAGGGACAAGGCGGCAGGGAACUGCUGGAGAGAGUCCAGCGCAGGGCAACUAAGAUUAUUAAGGGAGUGGAGCAUCUCCCUCAUGAGGAAAGGCUGAGGGAGCUGGGGCUCUUUAGCUUGGAAGAGACUGAGGGGUGACCUUAUUAAUGUUUACAAAUAUAUAAAGGGUGAGUGUCACGGUGACGGAGCCAGGCUCUUCUCGAUGACAGCCAAUGGUAGAACAAGGGGUAAUGGGUUCAAACUGGAACACAAGAGGUUCCAUUUAAAUUUGAGAAGAAACUUCUUCUGAGUGAGGGUGACAGAGCACUGGAACAGGCUGCCCAGGGAGGUUGUGGGGUCUCCUACUCCGGAGGCAUUCAAAACUCGCCUGGACACUUUCCUGUGCAGCCUCAUCUAGGUGUUUAUGCUCCGGCAGGGGGACUGGACUGGAUGAUCUUUUGAGGUCCCUUCCAAUCCCAAACAUUCUGUGAUUCUGUAAUGGCGGCUCCGCUGCACAAACACCCUACCGAGCAGCAGGGGGCGCUCUGCCACCGCCCGUUCACCCAGAGGAGGCGAUAGCUUGAAAGCGUGGAUU